AUGUGGCAACGAGCGAUCCAUUACAAGGUGGACCCCAAGAAGUUGAACCCUCUCCAAUACGUGAAAGAAACUGUCGUCGUCAUUGGUGAUGAAAGAGUGUCGAAGUGGUAUUGCCAGUUUGAUGAUGGUGAAUGCAAGUUUGGAGGAGAGUGGGCUCGCAAACGGCUCGACAAGUUCAGGGAUCACUUGACGAGUAAACAUAGUUUGAAGCAUCCCAACUGUGGCGAUUCUGAUGAUGAUACUCACGGAGCUCCUCGCAAAAGGGAGCGCAAGAGCCCUCACGAGAACCGAAGCAAGAGGAGCUGCUCAUCACCCAAGAGACGUCAGGCGAAACUGACUCGAUAUAUGGUGGCCUGUGCUCCGGAGGAGCGCGUGGAGGCCUUCCAUAAAGCUUUAGUGGUGGGCUUG